AUGAGUUUUUGGAACCAGUCAAACGAAGAUGCAUUCCCUGAAUCGCCACGGGUCCCUGAUCUUUCCAGAGGCGCCUGCUUGAACCCAAAGGGCUUGCGAGCAUUCCUGAAGUUGUCAAGAGCCAAUACAGAUGAUGUGAUAAAGCAACGGUUGAACUCAUUGUUGAAUGAUAUGAAACACACCAAGGCUGAUAUAUGCAAUAAUUUCACAGACUCCAUACUGUUUCAAAGCUGGAGAGACCGUUUAGGUGCUAUAGAGUUUUGUGAUAAAGAAAGUGUCAAUUUGGAAAAAGCUAUUGAAUCUAAUCAAGAACCUGAAUUACAAGAAAAAUAUGUUGAUCCAAGAAUAGACCCUUAUGCUGCUAGAGAAUUCAAAGAGCUUAAAGAGUCUAAAUACAAGCAACUAAAAGAACUACAGCACUGGGUCCAUAAUGAAAAACUAGUCGAAGAUAUCAUUCAAUCAAGAAGUGUUGAAAUAUUGAGCGAUAAUUGUGGUAUGUCAGACUGGACACAACAAUUCAAAGACUGGACAAACUCUUUGAAAUGA